AUGUUGAUCUAUGACAAUAAAGAAAAAACAGUUUUAAACGAUAAAUAUACAUCAGAAGAAAAAGUAAAACAUUAUGAACCAAUAUUAAAAGCCUUAUCAAAUGUUGAAUCAUCUGUUAAUGAUGUUAAAGAGGUUGCUAUUAAAACCGAUAAUGAUAUUCAGAAGAUGAUAAUACCACCUUAUAAACCUAAAAAUCCAGAAUUACAACGAUUAAUGAGUACAGAWGAGACUUUURAAACUCCAAAAAAUUCUCGUAAAAAAUCAAUAGCUAAUUCUCCAAUUCCUGCAAAUAUUAUAAAAUUAGGCCCUAUUGCAACAAAAUAUCUACCAACAGUAGAACCCAAUAAUUGUUUUGGAAUAUAUUAUAAAAAAGAUUUUAAAGAUCAUAUKAUCGGGAAAUGUAUAAUAACAUUUGAAAAUGAUGAUAUAUUUUUAAAUGGGAAAAAAUAUAAAGGAACUGUAGGUUUGUGGAGAUUAUUAACUCAUUUAGAUGUAUCAUUAAUAAAAAUAAAAAAACCUGAAUAUUAUACAGAUGAUGACUUUAAAAUAUAUAAAGAAAUAUUAAUAGAAACUGAUUCUAUAUAUCAAAACAAUAAUAAAUCAACAGGAAGAGCUAAAUCAAGUGGUGGUGCAAAAUAUGUAUCAAUGAUUAGCAAUAUUUGGAAAGAAAUGAAUGAAAAUAAAAGGUUAAUAACAAAACCAAUAGGAGAGGACAGAUUACAACUUAUUUCUGCAGAAGAAGGAGCAGGAAGUAACAAUUAUCAUAACGAAAAACUUGGUACUCUACAUUUAUGUAAAACAAGUAAGGAAAAAAUUAUUGAUACUCCUAAAGGACCGGGAACAAAAUUAGAAAAAAAKAAAAAACCUAUAAACAAAUUAGACGAAGCUGCAAGAGAUCAUGAUUAUUUUUAUAAAGAUCAURUAGAUACUAAAACAAGACAUGAAGCCGAUAAAAUUUUAGAACAAAAAGCAAUGGAAAGAUUUAAUGCUCCUGAUACGGAUAUCAACGAAAAAAUGCCAGCUCUUUUAACUGCAUAUGCAAUGAAAACAAAAAGACAUUUAGGAAUGAACUUAGUAUUUGAAUAA